CCCUCCUACGCCCUCCGCCGCCAACCUGGGCUGGUCCCCUGCUGCUCCGGCCUCCGGUGCUCGCCGGCUCGCCGCCUCGACCUCUCCUGCCUCCAGGCGGCCACGCGGCCCCGCCGUAUUCCCUCAAUCCCUCUCAGGACUGCUGCCUCUGCUGACUGCUGCCCAGAAUUGAAAUAAAAGAUGAAGAGAUAUUUUUCAUCCGUGGCCGCAACAGAAGUGCCUACACCCGGAGUUUUAGCAGGGAAUCAAGGGGCUGAGAGGACUGAAGCAAGUCCAGAAAAUGAAACAGCUGCAGAAAUGGGACCACCACCUUCAAUCUCAACUCGAGAAAGCAACGUUUUUGUUAUUCCUGAUUCUGCUCGUGGUCAACUAAGGGAAGGUGAUAUUGAACCUGAUCCUGGUCGUAGGAAACCUAUUGAAAGCUUAGAUCCGGAUAUUAGAGAUGUUGCUAGAAGGAUGUAUGUAAAUAUGGGUCCAUGCCAACCAAGUGGUCAUAAAUUUAAAAAAGAAACUAGAGGAAAUUCUUUGAAAAAGAGAUCCUUUCAAGCUAAAUGGUUCGGGAAGCAUUCUGAUUGGUUGGAAUAUAGUGUUGCUAAGGAGGCAGCCUUUUGUUUCUAUUGCUUUCUUUUUAAGCAACCUAGAGCAGAAAACUAUGGUGUUGAGGCAUUCACAACAGUAGGGUUUAAAAAUUGGAAGGAUGGACUUAGUAUUAUUGAUACACAUGUUGGUAAACAUGAUAGUGCUCACAAUAAAGCUAGACAACAAUAUGUGGCUUCCAAAAAUCAAAGUCAAUCUCUUGUAAAUGUGAUGGAUCGUGGCACCAUAAAGACCCAAGAAGAAUAUAAAGCUCGUCUUAUCAUUAUUUUGGGUGUUAUAAGAUUUCUUCUAUUACAAGCUCUUGCUUUUCGUGGUCAUGAUGAGAGCUCCAGUUCAAAGAAUAGGGGAUUUUUUUUGGAGAUGAUGAGUUGGUACGGGGAGAAGGAUCCGAAUGCUAAGACUUUGCUUGAUAGUGCGGGCGGGAACCAUUUGAUGACUUCACAUGGGAUACAAUUGCAGUUGUGUCAAGCUUGUGCUGAAGAGACCACCAAAGCAAUUAUUGAUGAUAUUGGAGAUAGAAAUUUUUCUUUACUAGUUGAUGAGUCUAGAGAUGCAUCAAUAAAGGAGCAAAUGGCUAUGGUUUUAAGGUAUGUUGAUAAACAUGGGUAUGCGAUUGAGAGGUUCAUUGGGAUUAAGCAUGUUGGUGACACAAGAGCGGCUUCUCUAAAAGCAGCUUUGGAUGAUCAAAACAUUGUUCUAGCAGUGAGUUUGAUUGGGAUCACAUUGCGGCAACUUCAAAAUAUAAGAGAAAAUGGUUGGGAUCAACUCUUGAAGGACACAACUGACUUUUGUGUUAAGCAUAACAUUAUAUUGCCUAACAUGGAUGAUACAAUACCCGCUCGGGGUCGUUCAAGGGGGCGUGGUGGUCAAAUGGUAACUUUCUAUCAACGCUUCAGAUAUGAAAUAUUCAAUGUUCUGCUUGAUCAAAUAAUUACUGAGUUAAAUAACCGCUUUGCUGAAAGAUCUACUCAAUUGUUGAGAUGCAUUGCUUGUCUUGAUCCAAGGAACUCAUUUGCUAAUUUUGAUGAAGACAAACUUGUUCAACUUGCUGAGAUGUAUGCUGAUGACUUCUCCAUAUAUGAGAUUUCUUUUGUCCUUAGAAACCAACUUGAAAACUUCAUUGCUGAUGUGAGAGCUGAUUCAAGUUUUGUUAGUUGUAAUGAUCUUGGUAGUCUUGCUGUGAAGAUGGUUCGGACUGAUAGACACAUGGUCUUUCCUUUGGUAUAUCAUCUUAUUGAGUUGACAUUGAUUUUGCCUGUUGCAACCGCAUCAGUGGAAAGAGCUUUCUCAGCUAUGAGUAUUAUCAAGACUGAGUUGAGGAAUAAGAUGGGUGAUGAUUGGUUGAAUUUUUCCAUGGUCUGCAAUAUUGAGCGAGAAAUAUUUGCAAAGGUUGAUGAUGAUGCUAUUAUAUAUCGCUUUCAAUCCUAUAGAUGUCGCAAAGGAACUUUACCUCGUCGUAGUAGUGUUGGCUCUUCUUCCACCGUUGAUCAAGUUAUGGAAGACGCUGAUGAAGCAAGCCACUGAUUUGGUACUCUUUUUACUGCAUGUACUGUUCGUAGUUUUUGUCAUCUUGUUUUUAUCUAUUUUGUUGUAUCUUUAAGCAUUGAGUUUAAAUUCGAAAUUAUUGGUACAAUUGAGCCAUAUUUGAGGUAGCUAUAGUUUGAUGGAGGUUAA